UGUUAAGGCAAAUAUCUAUUUUUUAAAAAUACACCUUGUUUUUGGUGUAUAAAUACAAGCUAAAAUCAUCAUAGCAAUACACUAUCAAUCUACGAUCAUAUAUCUUUCAUUUCAUCAUCAUGGACCACAAAAUGUCAAUGUAUUUGUUUGUGUCUUACCUAGCAAUCUUUACUCUUUUCUUCAAAGGCUUUGUCUCCUCGUUUCCUUCGGGAUAUAACAAUGGUUACAACAAUGGUCACGGACAUGGACUAACUAGCAAUCUCAACUAUCGAUUCUAUGACCGGUCUUGUCCGCGUCUUCAAACGAUUGUUAAGUCCGGAGUUUGGAGAGCUUUUAAAGAUGAUUCUCGAAUCGCUGCAUCUCUUCUUCGACUCCAUUUCCACGAUUGUUUUGUCAAUGGAUGUGAUGGAUCUAUACUUCUGAACGAUUCAGAGGAUUUCAAAGGAGAGAAGAACGCUCAGCCAAACCGAAACUCAGUCCGUGGAUUCGAAGUCAUUGAAGACAUUAAAUCUGAUAUCGAAAGUUCUUGUCCCUUAACAGUUUCAUGCGCUGACAUAGUUGCUCUCGCGGCUAGAGAAGCUGUCGUCCUCACUGGAGGACCGUUUUGGCCCGUGCCUUUGGGACGAAGGGACUCAUUAACGGCGAGUGAGCAAGCGGCGAAUACAAAUCUGCCAUCUCCGUUUGAGGCGUUGGAGAAUAUAACAGCCAAGUUCGUGACCCUUGGACUCGACCUCAAGGACGUUGUUGUCCUCUCAGGAGCACAUACUAUAGGAUUUGCUCAAUGUUUCGUGAUCAAGCAUAGACUCUUCAACUUCAAGGGCUCAGGCCAGCCUGACCCAAACCUAGCCGCUUCCUCAGCACUUCUCUCUAAGCUAAAGGACACGUGUCCUAACGUGGACUCCUCAGACUCUAAGCUCGCUGCUCUUGACGCAGCUAGCUCAGUCAAGUUUGACAAUGCUUACUACGUGAACUUAAUGAACAACAUAGGACUGUUGGAUUCUGAUCAAACCCUAAUGACAGAUCCUACGGCUGCCGCCUUGGUGAAGUCGUACAGCGAGAAUCCGUACUUGUUCUCGAGGGAUUUCGCAGUUUCAAUGGUUAAAAUGGGGAAUAUCGGAGUUAUGACCGGAAGUGAUGGAGUAAUUCGAGGAAAAUGUGGAUUUCCAGGUUAAGUUAUAUAUAGACUCUUCACAAAAUCCAAAUCAGUCUAUUAUAUAUCUAGAGCUAAUCUAGCUUUAAUGAGGAAUCAAAUAAACCAAAGUCUAUGAAUAAAAUAUGUUUUAUAUAUAUGGUGUAAAAGCGUCCUUAUGUAUCAAUAUAUAUAUAUAUGGAUCCCAUAAACAAAAAUACUUGGACUUGUAUGUGUGUUACGUUUGUGUGUAAUGGAAAAUGUAUUUGUCUUUGUAUUUUUAUAUUCCAAAAUUAAGUCGAACUCCCUCACUUGAACGAAUAUAAAUAUUCUUAGUUCUUGAUUGGGGUUUAACUAAUGAUCAUAAUUUUACAUCUUCU